GAGGGACCGCACAUCAGGGGUCGCAGAUGAUGGAGGGUGUGAUUGUUAAAAUGGAGGAGUGAACCAUUCUGAUUGUGAUAGAACUUAAAAUGGUCAGAAUGGAAAAAGAAAUGAAAUCUAUUCAGUGCUAAGUUGUUCAGCUAUACAUUUCAAAAACCAUUCCAGACAACCAAAAUGACGUUCAGAAGCUCUGCUGUGGAAAGCAGCUUCCUUCCCAUCUCUGCAGGAGUCUAGCCCCAACUUCUUUGGUUGCUCAGUGUAGAGAUAGCAAGGAUUUGGCAAGGUGUUGGAAAUCAGUUUGCUCUCUGGAACUUUAACUGUUUUCACCCAGUCAGUGUCUCUGAUCUCAGUGCCUUCGCUCCAUCCCUCAAUCCCGGCCUCAGAGUGUUUCUCCUACAGUGGGUAUUUAACUCUGAGUUUCUCCUACAGUGGGUAUUUAACUCUGUUUGCCCAUACUGGGUGUGCUACUUGUCUCUUGACUGCGCAGGAUCUCGAGUCCCCAAUUUGUGCUGGGUCCCCAUUUUUGUGUCUGUAGGUCUCCUCAUUUCAGUUUCUCUGUGUCUCAUCUCUGGAUUUCUAGACUCCGUCUCCACUGUCUUUGGGUCUCAUGGUGCCGUGUUUUUGUUUCUUAAGCUGGUAUUUUCCGGUCUUAGUCUCCGCCUCUCAGGUUCUGGUGGUCCUAGACUUUUUUUUUAAAAUUCAGGUUUGUUUGUUUACUCCGUUGUCAUGGCAUCGGAAGUGACGCAGGCGCACGUGGCGGCGAAGGGGAGCCAGCCUUCCCUCUGAUAGACUGGCGAUGCUGUCAGAGCAGCUUCGCCCCGCCCAGGUCUGGCGAACGGCCCCGCGGCGUGCUGGGGGUCGCGGUUUCCGGCGCUGCAGGCCGCGCACGCGUACUGCAGUGGGCCGCCAUCACCUCUCCGUGUUCGAGACUGCGGGAGCCCGUGGGGCAUCGCUGCGCAGCAGGUCCUGGUAUUGCUGACCUCUCCUGGGUACCUCGUUAUCCUUGCUGUCUCCACUGAGUUCUUGGCUAGACACAGUUGCAUUUCUGUGGAGGCCUGGGAAGAUGCUGCCUUUGGAGAGGGCACUGGCCUCCCCCAGAAGCUCCCUACCCCACCCAGAACCACCUACUUUGCAGUCAGAAGAUAGAUCCCAACAGGAAGAGCCCAGCCAGCAAGAAGAACCCAACGAGAGGGAAGUACUCAUUAAGCAACAAGAACCAAGCCAGCAGGAGGAACCCAGGAGGCGGGAUGAACCCAUCCAGGAAGAAGAACCCAUUCAGCUGCUAGAACCUAGUCAGAGGGAUGAGCCCAACCAGGGAGAGGGAUCCAGUCUGCAGGAUAAUCCUCCCAACCAGAGGGAAGAACUCAGUGAGCAACAAGAACCCAGUCAGCGGGAUGAGCCUAGUCAGGAGGAAGAACCUGGCCAGAAGGAUGUACCCAUGCAGCAGGAAGAACCUAUGCAGCAGGAUGAGCCUCACCAGUGGGAAGAACCCAUGCAGCAAGAUGAACCCAUUCAGCAGGAGGAGCCCAUGCAGCAGGAAGAACCCAUUCAGCAGAACAAACCCAUCCAACAGGAAGAACUCAUCCACCAGGAGCCAGUUCAGCAGGAUAAGCCCACCCAACAGGAAAUACUCAUCCACCAGGAGGAACUUCUCCAACAGGAAGAACUCAUUCAGCAGGAGGAACUUCUCCAACAGGAAGAACUCAUUCAGCAGGAGGAACUUCUCCAACAGGAAGAACUCAUCCAACAGGAAGAACUCAUCCAACAGGAAGAACUCAUCCAGCAAGAGCCAAUUCAGCAGGAUAAGCCUACCCAACAGGAAGAACUGAACCAGCAGGAAGAAUCCAUUCAGCAGGAUAAGUCCAUCCCACAGGAAGAACUCAUCCACCAGGAGGAGCCCAUCUACCAGAAUGCUUCCAUCCAACAGGAACUUAUCCAGCAGGAGGAGCCCAUUCAGCAGGAACUGAUUCAGCAGGAGUCUAUUCAGCAGGAUAAGUCAAUCCAAAAGGAAGAAUUCAUUCCGCAGGAGGAGCCCAUUCAGCAUGAUGCUUCUAUCCAACAGGAACUCAUCCAGCAAGAGGAGCCCAUUCAGCAGGAACUGAUCCAGCAAGAGUCUAUUCAGCAGGAUAAGUCCAUCCAAAUGGAAGAAUUCAUUCAGCAAGAGAAGCCCAUCCAGCAGGUAGGGCCCAGCAAACAGGAGGAACCCAACCAGCAGGAGGAAUCCAGCCAACAGGAAGAACCCAGCCAACAGGAAGAACCCAGCCAACAGGAAGAACCUAGCCAACAGGAAGAACCCAGCCAACAGGAAGAACCUAGUCAGCAGGAAGAACUCAGCCAACAGGAAGGGCCUAGCCAAAAGGAUCAACCCAACCAACAGGAAGAAUCCAGCCAACAGAAGGAAAUAGAAACCAUCACUGAGAGAUCUGCUGCUGACCUUGAGUUUUCCCGCUUGCGCUUUCGGGAGUUUGUCUACCAGGAGGCAGCUGGGCCUCACCAGACUCUGGCCAGACUUCAUGAGCUAUGCCGCCAGUGGCUACGGCCCGAGGCCUGCUCCAAAGAGCAGAUCCUGGAGCUGCUGGUUCUGGAGCAGUUCCUGGGCAUCUUGCCAGACAGGGUUCGUCCCUGGGUGGUAGCCCAGUAUCCUGAGAACUGCAAGAAGGCUGCCUCCCUGGUGGAGGGUCUCUCUGACAUCCUGGAGGAGCCAGGAAUGAUGUUGUGUUCCCCGGGUGGGUCAUCAUCUUCAUUCAGCGAGGGAGACUAUGAGAGGUGUCCUGAGCCCUUGCUGCUACCUCGUGGGUUGUUGAGUCCCAGCAGAAACCUAAGACCUAGGGACAUCCUUGUACGCCGUGAUACUUCUCCCCUUCUUCCAGCCUGGCCUACUCUGGAAUCUGUGCACCUUGAUGAAGAGCAUACAGAAGGAGAAAAGGAGGAGGAGGCCAACCCUGCCACAGCUGAAACAAAGGAGCCUCUACAGUCAGAAUGGGACCACCUGGACCCCAGAGAGGAUAACCUGACCAGUUACAGCAAGCUUCUCCUGUGGGGGUGUCAGUUUUUCCAGGCUGGUCCAUCCUCCACGCUGAAGACAGAGGAAUCAGAGGAACCUUGUGCGGUGGAAGAACUGCCAGGAGGCAGCCUCCCAGAUAGCAUCGGGCAGCAGGAAAGCAAAGGAAAUGUGUGCGAGGAAGUCUCCAUGGGGAAGACAGUGAUGGAGAGGCUUUCAAGGGAUGUUCCUGUUAGCCCUGCAAUAGAUACUGCCCAGGAGGAGGAACAGCAACCUCAGAAGGCUCUGGAUGCUGAGGAUGAGGAUCCAAGUCCUGCCAGUCCCCAGAGGCAAUCAGUCAUCCAGCAGUCAGCCCAGGACAAGGAUACCCCACAUCAAGGCACUGGGACAAAGAGGCGUCAUCCAGAUGAUGAGGAUGAAGAGGACCCUGAGUGUCCUUCCAGCUCCACCAGCUACAAAGUGCCAUCUGAUGCCGGGAAGGUGCUUCAUGUGUAUGGCCAUGAUUCUGGGCAGGACCCAGGAACUUCUGCUGCGGGAUGUCCUGCAACUGAUGAGUUUGAUGCAUCCCAAGGAAAGCCCUACACAUGUAGUGAAUGUGGGGAGGCCUUUGCAUGGAUCUCGAACCUUCUGGAGCAUCACAAGAACCACAGCACUAAGACAUGCUAGGUGAGCUAGGACUGCUAGGAACCCUUCCUGUUCAACUUGGCUGUGGUCAAGUCACAUACAAAAAAAGAAAAGCCACGCCCAGAGCCCCUGUCUGCCACAAACAAAGCUUGAGAGGAUUGACAGUUCCUAGUGUGGGUGGUUUUCCCUAUACAACCUCAGGUGUAAGGAUGAGCAACUCUGCUGUGAGUGUCCUGUGACAUGACAGUGAUCUUAAGCAUGAGUGAUCUUAAGGCUCAUGUGUGAUAGUGGCUUCCUGUGGUAUCUAUGGGCAUAUCUGUAUCUCUUUCUGGACGCUAAUGUGCUGGAAGCAACUGGAAAUGGGCAUGGCUGCAAGAAGCCCUCCUCUUAGAAAUACACCUUAGGCUAUGUCCUAUCCUGUAAGCCAUCAGCCGUGAGGGGAAACUCCAUUUCCGCAGUCUCUUAAUACCACACACACUCUGGUCAUUUGACAUGGUACAAAGUGUUGAGUUGCCUUUAAGUAUUUGAUCUGUUAGCGCUUUCUUGAGCCCCCCUUGCCUCAGUUGCUUCUCCUUGAGCUCCCUGUUUGUUCACACAUAAUUCUUGCCAUCUGUUUGGCCUUUCUAUAAAUAUGUGAUGUCAGGUUUACUUCUGAAUCCUCAAGAACAAAAACUGUGAGUUCAAGCCACAUGUCUCUUAAUAUAUGGAGUUACUUACAAAGAUCACAAAAAAAAAAAUGCUGAUUUUGGACUCUGGGUUUCAGCCCAUUAGUGAAUUGUGAAAUCCAGUCAGUGGAUGGCCACUGGCAUUACAAAGCAAUGCAAUAGAAUAAAGUAGGUCAGAACGCAUCAUGUAGUAAAGGCAAGUGUUGUUUUGUGAAACUUCUCAGCUGUGUAUCUGAGACCUGGCUAUCAUGUUAAAUGUAUUUAUUAGGGGGUAUGAUCAAAACCGGUUUAAAAAUACUAACAAAGGUUGAAGAAAUGAUCUGUAUCUGAGCUAAGAGAACCAAACGUGGCCUACAUAGGUGAUCUUGUGGUUUUGCUUUAAUUUCAGAUUACAGCAUUGUUUCUGUUGCCUUACCAUAAAUUUAACUGCCCUGCAGAUACAGAAAGGUGUCUCUUUCUGUCAAUGUUUGAAGAGGCAAUUUGUGUAACCCCCAAAUCAGAGGCUUACCAUAAUAAAGUAUUUAUUUAUUCAUUCA